CUCAACUUUUAAACCUUUUUCUUUAGGAUACAAAUGAAGAUGGGCUUUCAUUCAAAACAGAAACUUUCCUUAAGAAAGAAAAACUACAUCCAAAGUAUUUGACCUUUUUUAGAGUUAUUUUCAUGGUGUAAUGAAGUCAUCCUACAUUAUGUCUUGUUGGUGUUGGUAGUGUGGUUAAUAUAGGGCCGUUUUCAUGUGCAGUCCCAUCUCAAACACAAACAACCAGAUUCUGCACCAAUGAGUUAAGGAUGUAGAAACAGGUUUUCACUGAGGCCCUUUUAACAUGCAUAUUGCAUGUUAAAAUUUUAAAUUGACAUUUGUUAUACCAUAUUUUCCAGACUAUAGAGUGCACCUUACUAUACGCCACACCUACAAAUAUUUUGACACACUGGAAGUGUACAUAUAUAAGCCUCACCGGGCUAUAAGCCGCUGGUAUCUCCGCCGCUCUCGGUUUUUCACAAGGACGCAGCCCUGCGCCUCCAACAACAAACCAUAGAUUCGUUCACGUCGAGCUUACGUGCAGCCGCUCUGUUUCCCUCCCGUACUGCCAGAUCGAUAGCCCUCAACUUGAAAGAGGCAUCUUUCUCUUUGUGUGGUUUCCAUGAUGAGGGGGUAUGAGUUUGAAGAAAUUUCUCCAUCGUGCCUGCUGCUAGCAUGUGCUUGUUCUAAAUGAAAAUUUGCUCUUUCUUCCUCUAUUUCCAAUGACUCAUUUCCUGCUAAAGAGCCUGUGGCGGUUGAAAAACCUUUCACAGAAAAGCCUCACCGGGCUAUAAGGCGCAUGGUUCAAAACGUGGGGAAAAAUUAGCGGCUUAUAGUCCGAAAAAUAGGGUAAUUAUGACUGCAUACAAAUUAGACCAGGGUGUAUUUGCUCAUUUAUUGCGAGGGAAUGCAAUAUCUUUGUGACUUAACGCACAGAACAAAAUGUCCCCUAGCGGGUUCCGUAGGUUUCUCUUUAGUUCAGAUAUUUUUUGUCAUUGCAGAUCUCAACUCUUUUCCACACUGGCAUCAUAUUCAGGAAACCGGCUGACUUUCCAGCUGCUGCCUAUGAAAAAGUUGAUGUACAAGCUAGUGACCUUAUCGCUGCUAAGUAAUGAGACCCAUAAAAAAAAAAAAAAAGAAAAGUAUAUUUUUCACUGGUUCCCCGUGACGCACUGAAGCAGACACAUCCACAGACGGGAACAGGUCCCGUCAGGUAACUGUUUGUUUGAGAUUAUCCACUCUCCUGUCCUCCAGUCCUUGUUUUGCUAAUCCAACCAAACCAGCAGUCUUCAUUUCAACCUGCAGAACGUAGCCGCCCGUUUAACUUUGACCUCCACUUCAAUCUGAAAUGUAGCUGCUAUGACCAAACAGCCAAGCUGUGGAUUGUUGCUGGAGUCUCGUUGAAGUGCCUCAUUAGGACCAGUAAAGACGGUCCUGUCCGUCUGUAGCUUUAAGCCGUUGUUUCUAGACACAGGGGCGUCCAAAACUGUGGCCUGGGGACCAUUUGCAGUUUCUAAAUGAUACAAAUUUGACUUUGACUUUUUCUUCUUUUUUAAAUUAGAAAUAGAAAACUAAUUGAAAUGAAAAAAUCAAUUGGUGUAUCCUACAUUUUUAAUUGACUCACAAAUUAAAAAAUUAAAUUACCCCACAAAGUAUUCAUCUUUUCCUAACCAAACUUUCUGGACCACAUCUACCCACUGACUGGUACACUAAAGCAGAGUUUGGUGCACCAAAAGCUGCUUUUAAUUACACUAUUAAAACUUGGCCAAAUUUAUCAAGUGUUUUAAAAAAUAAACAGGGACCUCUAUCAUGUUUUUUUAUUGCUGAGAAUUGGCUAAAUCUUUCUAUCAGUUUCCUUCAACAAAGAAAACUUGAGAAACCCUUUUAAAUGACCACAUUCGUGUCGUACAACAAAUCUGACUCUUAUUUAAUUUAAAUAUUUAGUGCUUAAUUUAUUCUUGAAAAAAAUCUCAAAACUUGAUUUUACUUUUAAAACCAUUUUUAUUUGAUUUUUUUUGCCCUAUGUUGCAAAAUGUUUGGACGCCCCUGGUUUAUGCGAUUCGACAGAGACCUUUCUCUCUACUGUAUCGUUUUGAAACCAUUUUUUUCCUGUGAGGAUUCAAGCAAUGCCAUUUAUCACCCAACAUGACUACAGUUCUGUCCACGAAACCCUCUUAGGAGGACCUGGGGAUCCAGUGACUCUCCGUCCGUCAGAUCGUCGUGUUUUCAUUUUUUUUAAUGCAGAUACAAAUUUUUUGCAUCUUUGAGCCAUUUACCUCAAUCAUUCAUUUCAGUGUGAACCAAUUAGUUCUGUAGUUUUAAAUGUCAGUGAAGAAAUCAAUGCCGACACUGAUCUUUCCAUUAAAGUUUCUACUCUUCCCUUAAUCCGGUCCCCCUUUUUGUUUGCUUCAUGUUUCCAUUGAAAUCGUUCGUUUAUUAUUAGCUCACUCUUAAGCACAAAGAGAAUCAAACUGAACCAAACCGGAGAUGAGCAGGAAGUAAGAACGGGACGUAUUGGUCCGGGGGCAAACCGACCUGCAGCCUCCGGGUCCUGAUGAGCCUCCAUCGUCGGAGAGGAAGCAGCAGGAUGACUGCGGUACAUCUGCACAUCAGCAGUAGAGUGCUGGGCUUUAACUGGCUUUUUGGAAUUGGCUGAAGACCUACUGUCCUUACUGCUUAGGUCAGGGGGGCCAAAGUGAGGCCCCAGGACCUAUUGUGCCUCAACUCCACACCACAGAGUAAAUGUGGGCAGAUUGAUCCAAAAAUAUUGAAAGUUUCUAUACCAGGUCAGCAUCGGAUCCAUGCGUUAGUUUAAGAUUUCAUUUUGGUUUUGUAGUUUCUCAACCUUAACUAAAAUAAGAUGUCUUGAUCUGAUGUGAAAUAAAAUUUGUAUUACUUUAUUUAUUUAGGAAGAAUGUCCGCACAUUUGUUUUGAUUUUCUAUUGUGCUGAGCGUAAACGUAUUUUCUACACACCUAUCAACUUUGUUCAAUUUCUUGCUUAGGUUUUAACAAAAUAUUAACAUCAUGUCUAAAUGUCAGAAGUUUGAUAUAUCAAACCGGAAUUAUAACAAGUAUUGGUAUCGGUAUGGAUAUUGGCGAAACUUGCGCUGUUUUUAUUUGGUGUGUGAACCAAAAUACAAAACAGUUAAUAGUUGAAAUGACAGCAGAUAAUGCAAAAGGGAGAGGAGUGGGAGAAUGCAACAUACAGGACAACCUUUAGGAAUGUUUAUGAUGAAGGAAUGAGGGAACAUGAUGGAAAGUUCAAAAAAGUUGAUUUUACGUAACACUGUCCCUUUAAAUCCAGUGUUUUUCCGUUGUUAUGCAUGUACAUGUACAAGCUGGAGGAGUCCAGAUCAGGAAAAACUCUUGUUGCUCUAGAAUCAGAUUCUAGAGCAAUGAUCUGGUCUAGUUGCAGAUCAUUCAUUCUGUUUACUUCAGACUGAUCAGUGACCCCUGACCCCUAGCUUAACUCAGCAUCUCUGAACACAUCAACACACACACACAGCAACAGAAGCCUUCAUUCAGCCCUGCUGGAGGUUAGCAGUGUAACUAUGUGCUGCCCUCCCACCCUCCUUCCACCUCAUUCUCUUUAUUGUUGCUUCUGUAAAUAUUAGUUGAUAAAACUCAGCCAUCCCCCCCUCCCCUCCGCUCCUCCUGCUUUAACUCCUGCCGUUCCUGCCUGAUCUCAGUUAUUCUUUGGAAUGCUGGGAACUUCAAAUUAACUUCCCAGUCGCUUGGACAUUACUGGAUAUUUCCCUGUAAUUAAGCUAGAAGAAGAAGGAUGAAUAGCUCCUGCGUUGGCUGUCUGAAAAGUCUGGUGGUGUCUCUCCACUUCCUCUGCUGGCUGUGUGGAGCCUUCGUGGUGGCGUUCGGGGAAUUCCAGACGACGCACUCCAAGUUCGCCUCUCUGGUCACCACCUUCUGGCCCAUCUACCCGGCCAACGCGCUCGUGGUGACCGGUGCCAUCGUCACCUGCGUCUGUUACCUGGGAGUGCUGGGAGGCAUGAGGGAGAACCGCUGCAUGCUCGUCACUUUUUAUGCUCUACUGUUCGUCCUGAUGCUGGUGGAGCUGGCCAUGGCCUGUGUGUUCUUCGUCUACAACAGAGAGAUCGACACAUACUUUGAGAAGGACCUGACCCGCAGCUUGGACGUCUACAUGGAGUCCGGCCCAGAGGGGAACAAAACCAUUAAGAAGGAUUUUGAUGCCGUCCAGUACCUGUUUAAGUGCUGUGGAGUUCACGGCCCAGAUGACUGGAAGGGGAAAGCGCCGCUGUCCUGCUGCACCAAGGAUCCCUGCAACAUUGCUGACCAGCCCAACUGGCAGGAGGGCUGCCUGGUGAAACUCAGGAACUGGUUUGCUACAAACUACCUCAGCACUGCGUCAGGAGUGGUCGCCAUGUUCAUGAUUCAGUUCGUGUGCCUGAGCGUCACCGUCCCUCUGUUCUGCCACUUCAGGCGAAGAGGACUGGGCUACAAGUGAGAAAACACUCCGUGGACCAACUUAGGACAUCGUUCACACCAACAAGGUCAUCUGGAGUCUAUUAAAGUGCUGCCUGUCACCCAGAAGAAUAACACACGGGAGGGAUGGUAGUGUACAGUAGUUCUAAUUAUUGGUUUUGAGUUUCCAGUAUGGUCCAUAUUCCAAAUGUCAUCACUUUGCUGAUUUAAAAAGCUCCUCUGAAAUGUAGCACCUCUAAAUGCUGAAGCACAAAAUGAAUAUGCAUGAAUAUGCUGUCUCUCUGCAACAGAGACUUUGCUAAGGCGACUUUGAAUCUAGAAUUUUCUAAUCAGUUCUCACCAAGUAAAUGCUUAAUAUACUUUAUAUAUUAAGCAUUUACUUGGUAUUAAGCUUUUCAGAGGCCAUAGGCAAAUCCUGAUUAGAGUCAACAUGAUUAAAUCCAAACUGAACAAAAUUACCUAUGGAGUUCCCCAAGGAUCCAUCCUGGGGCCGCUUCUCGUCAAUAUCUAUAUGCUUCCAUUAAUUCAAAUUGUACGAAAUAAUAAGACAGAAUACCACAAUUAUGCCGAUGACACACAGCUAUACAUCAGUCUUUCACCAGGAGAUUACAGUCAGGUUCAAAUACUCACUAAAUGUUUUGAGCAGAUUAAUGUGUGGAUGGGCCAAAAUUUUCUCCAACUAAAUAAAAACAAAACUGAAAUAUUAGUGUUUGGACCAAACGAGCAUAGAUUAAAUAUAAUCACCCACCUUCAGUCUGUUGGUUUAAAAUGCUCUGACAAAGCCAAGAAUCUGGGGGUGAUCAUGGAUGCUGAACUUUAAUAACCACAUCAAAUUUAUCAUAAAAACAUCAUAAUACCAUCUACAAAAUAUUGCUAAAAUUACACGACUCAUGUCCCCACAAGACUCUGAAAAAUUAGUUCAUGCCUUUGUUUUUAGUAGUCUCGAUAACUGCAAUGGCAUUUUUACUGGAUUAUCAAAAAAAAGCAAUAAGAGAGCUCCAGCUUAUCCAGAAUGCUGCUGCAAGAGUCCUAACUAAAACAAAAAGAGAUCAGCACAUCAGUCCAGUUCUAAGAUCCCUGCACUGGCUACCUGUUGCUCGAAGAAUAGAAUUUAAAAUCUCCUUAAUGGUUUACAAAGCACUUCAUAAUAGAAACCCAGACUACAUUUCUGAUCUUCUUCAACCCUGUAUACCACUCAGACCUUUAAGAUCAUCAGAAUCAAACCUACUAACUAUUCUGAGAAUCAGAACUAAACAGCUUUGAGUUUUUAUGCUCCAACACUCUGGAAUAAUCUUCCUGCUCUCUGUAAGGCUGCCCCCACCGUGAGUUUAUUUAAAUCAAGGUUAAAAACCUUCUUAUUAGACAUUGCCUACUCUUAAAUUUUGUUUAAUUUUUUUAUUCUAUUCAUUUCUUAUAUUCAAAAUUGUAAUGUUUAUUUUGUUUAUUUCUAAUCUGCUU